GUGAUGGCAGAGAAGAAGACAUACAACCUCCAAAGCAAAGGCAAAAGAGGAGCAAAAGAGGAGAACCGAACAGAUGAAAAAGAAACUGGAGAGAGAAAGAGAUAGCUCCACUCCACUUCACUCUCCAAUAGCAAGCAAGCAGAGUAGUGAGAGUGAGAGUGCGCUCCCCGAGGAAGGAAGGAAGACAACCGUCUCCGUCUUCCUCAUGCUGUCUCACCCUGCUCUGCUUACCUUAAUGUGCAAGUAAAUUACUUCCACUAAUUGCCGCCGCCGGCCACAGCCACCGAGCUCCGACGACGAGAAUCGAAGGCGGAGCAGGUGUUUUGUUGGUCGGUAUGAAGGGCCGCCACCAUUACUCCUCCCCCUUGCCGUCGCCGUCGCCGCCGUCCAAGCGCCGCUGCACCGCCCUGGCCGCCGCCGUCCCGGCGCUCGUCGUCUGCUCCAUCCUCCUCACACUCGUCUUCCUCCUCGGCCUCCACCGCCCCGCAGGGUAUGGAUCGGGGGAGCGCGCCGCGGUUGUCAUCACCACCGAGCUGGGGUUUGGCAAGCACAAGCAUCUGGAUGCGAGGAUGAAGCACAAGCUACUCAAGGAAUUUUCUUUUCCUGGAUCGCAUGGUAUUUCAGGUGUGAAAUCUGGUGGUAGAUCAAAGGCCAAGAAUCUUUCGACCAAAUCAAAAGAAAAGAUUAAGGAUGUUUUCUCCUUAAUUCAGCUGAAAAAUGGGACAAGAAAAAACAAAGGAUUUCACACACAUACAAGAUACCAGUUAAAGGACUUAUCCAGGAAAUCAAUGGAUACUACUACUGAUAAGAAAGAGAACAUCCAAGAAGUAGAGCAUGAGGAGAAUCCCAAAUCCUGUGAACUUGAAUAUGGGAGCUACUGCCUCUGGUCUGUUGAGUAUAAGGAAGUGAUGAAAGAUUUUAUUGUGAAGAGGCUUAAGGAUCAACUAUUUAUGGCAAGAGCUCAUUAUCCUAGUAUAGCAAAGCUGAAGAACCAGGAAACAUUUACACAUGAACUGAAACAAAACAUCCAAGAACAUGAACGCAUGCUCAGUGACACCAUUGCAGAUUCUGAUCUUCCACCAUUUUUUGCAAAGAAGCUAGAGAAAAUGGAGCGCACAAUUGAAAGGGCGAAGUCUUGUGAAGUAGGUUGCUCAAAUGUUGAACGGAAACUUAGGCAGCUACUUGAUGUAACUGAAGAUGAAGCUUAUUUCCAUACAAGGCAGAGUGCAUUUCUCUAUCAUCUUGGAGUACAAACUAUGCCAAAAACUCACCAUUGCUUGAACAUGAGAUUAACAGUUGAAUAUUUCAAAUCCAUGUCUAUUCGUAUGGACCAGUCAAAUAAGCAGAAGCUUCAAGACCCUACAUUCCAACACUAUGUAAUAUUUUCCAAGAACGUUCUUGCAGUUUCAACUACUAUCAAUUCAACAGUUAUGAACUCCAAGGAUUCUGGUCGCAUUGUUUUCCAUUUAUUCACUGAUGCACAAAAUUUCUAUUCGAUGAAGCAUUGGUUUGACAGAAAUUCAUAUUUGGAAGCCACUGUUCAUGUGACUGACAUUGAGGAUCACCAGAAGCUCCCUAAGGAUAUUGAUUCUCAUGAUAUGAAACUGUUAUGGCCUGCUGAGGAAUUCCGUGUCACAUAUCGUAACCGUUCUCAAUCUUUCCAGAAGAAAAUGAAAACUGAAUACAUAUCUACUUUUGGCCAUUCACAUUUUCUCCUUCCUGAUCUUCUUCCUAGCUUGAAUAGAGUAGUUGUUCUGGAUGAUGAUUUGAUUGUCCAGAAAGACUUGUCAUCUCUGUGGAAUAUCAAUAUGCGAGGUAAAGUGAUUGGAGCUAUUCAGUUCUGUGAAGUUAGACUAGGACAAUUGAAAGCUUAUACGGAGGAACAUAAUUUCGACAGUAAUUUAUGUUUGUGGUUGUCUGGUCUGAAUGUCAUUGAAUUGGAGAAAUGGAGGGAGCUCCAGAUUACCAGUCGGUAUGAUCAAUUGCUUCAAAAGUUACAGAAGGACAGUGUGACAUCAUUUCCUCUCAAAGUACUUCCUAUUAGCUUACUUGUCUUUCAAGAUUUGACAUAUCCAUUGGAAGAUUCAUGGGUUCAAUCAGGUCUGGGACAUGAUUAUGGAAUUAGUCAAACUGAUAUAAAAAGAUCUGCUACUCUGCAUUAUAAUGGUGUCAUGAAACCUUGGCUUGAUUUGGGCAUACAUGAUUAUAAGGGCUACUGGAGAAAGUAUAUGACCAACGGGGAAAGAUUUAUGACAGAUUGCAAUAUACAUUAAUAGCAGAGAUUCACUAUAUGCUGCAUUUGUGGGAUUUUGGAAUAGCAAACCUUGUGAACUUGCUUGAACGAAGGUGAUCUGACGAGGUGAAAUCUGCUUCAGUAUUUAUUAUGAAUCGGCUAUACCCUGGAUGGCAUGUGGCACUGCACCAAUUACAAAAUGGAACCAACAUGAGAUGCUUUCUGCCAAAAUUUAGCCAAUAGUAAAAUGAAAGCAGAUCACCAACAUUAAUACCUUUGAAGUAGAUUAAAUAGGUUUAGCGAGGUGUAUGAUGAUUCUUCCACAUGUUGUACGUUGGGAUGUACCACUUUGGGAUUGCAAAAAUGCAGUUAGCUGGUGGUCAUCUUUAUUUUUUUUGUUAUAUAAAUUCUUUCAUGUAAUGACUGGCAUGGCAUGUACAGAGGUUAAAAUGCCUUAACCAGAAAGCAUUGAAUGAUUUUUUCGGCACAUGGUUGACAAUUGGUAUUAUGCAA